AUGGCAGAUUCAGCUAGACCUGCCAAUUUUGGUGAUCCUGCUGCUGCUGCGAGUGCCCCUUCCAGAGCACCCCAAGCAUCUCUGGAUCGCUCCUCUGCUCCUCCGUCGUUACACGAAUGCGUUCCUUUCUCUGCUCCGACUGCUGUUUUCCGCGAGCCUUUCAGUCUAGCGCACCGUUCAUCCCCGUUACAAGUACCCCCCACUAUGGCUGUAGCGCCAGACGCCUCUUUGCACUGUACUGCCGCGAGUAACCUGGCUCGAAGCUUGAGCAGCAGCCGCAGCAGGAGGGCGCGUGAGAACCCUUCACUACAGUCACACGUGGAAUAUGAGGAGCGUCCAGAAACGGGGGAGAGGGAAAUGUUGGGCUUUAAGGCCAGCGGCAGUGGAAGAGGUGCAGGAAUGGCUUGGAACAGGGCUGCAGAGAAAAGUCAAAUCAACUUGGCAGGAGAGGGUGGGGAUGAAAGGGGAAGGGUUAUUGCGUUCAUUGAGCAGGCUGAGGGAGGGGAAGUGGGGAAUCUGGUGGUAAAAUCUGGACGUGAAGUCUUUCCUUUUCAGAGAUGCUCUUUGCUAAGUGGCAGCGGAAACAGGAGAGGUGGUGGUAACCCCAAGAAGCGACGUAUUCUUCCAAGCGAGGACGAGGUGAGGGCGGCUGCAGCUGAUUGGCCAACGCUUGGAGCCACUUUGAGACGAGCUCUUGGGGCGAGAGCGCAAAGACUUGGUGGUGGUGUUGGUGGUGGUGUUGUGGGGAGUGAAGGAGAAGAGCAGAUGGAGAUUGACCUCCUCCAGUCUCUUCUUUCCCACUUUUCCCCCCCUGAAACAGCCCCUGCUGCUGACCCUGCUGGAACGCCUCAUGCAGUUACCUCUGCGUCUUCACUCACUCCUGCUCAUCCUGCCUCUAUUCCUCCCUCCCUCCCGCUAGUCGCUGCUGCUCCAGAGCAGAUGUUUUUUGCCUCUGGUAGAGAAUGGUCCCCAUUUGUUCCAUAUGUAGCCCCUAUCAAGGCAGUGGCUGUUCCACCUGGUUCUAAUUUUAAGCCUGCUGUUACACCUGAGGUCUCACCUGACGAUGCACCUGGACGUGCUGUGUCUGCUCCUGUGGUAGUGGCAGCAGAGGAGCAGCAGCAGGAGCGAUUGAUCAUGCAGGAGGAGUUAAAGGCGCAGCAGGAGGUGCUUCAGCAGCAGAGGCAGCAGCAGCACCAGAAGCAGUUUCAGUCACACCAGCAGCAGCAGCAGGGCGACGUGGCAGUGAAAUCUGGGCUGCCAGUGGCUCUGCAUCAGCCCAUCCCUGUUCCUGCUGCUCAUGGUCCUCAUGUUGGCCUGGCUGAGCUGGCAGCGAUGCUGGAGACUGGCGGAGGGGGUGGCGGAAGUAGAUUCGCCUCUGGGUUUCCUGCACCUGCUGAUGGCAUGGCUCCUGCUGCAGUUACUCCUGCUCCAGCCGUUCCUGCACGUGGUUUUUGGCCCGGUGGCAUUUCAACUCGUGGUUUCAUUCCAGCGAUUCAGCACCACUCCUUUCCUUCCUUGGCACAGCCUGGAUCUGCUUUUGAAGCUGCAUUGCCACAGCAGCAGGGGGGUGAGUCUCACGCACAGCAGCUAUUGCAAGAUCAAGGGGGGAGAAGGGCCGACGAGGAAUUGGCACAGCUGGAACAGCUUCGUCAGCUGAUGCUGCUACAGGAGCAGCUUUUAGGGGGUCAAGCACAGGAAGAUGAGCUCCGAUUGAGGAGGCAGAGGUUGGAGAGUUCCCUGAUUGGUGGUAACCGGGAUUAUGAUAAGGAGGGUACGUCU